UCAGUUUCUUCUGUUCACAAAAGUCAAAGCGGACGGUGUUCCGCAUAAACGGUGUUUCGAGUCUGCGCGACGGUUCAGCGAUAAUAUAGCAUUGUGUACAUAUAAGUUUUAAUUAAUAACGUCGCAUAUGUACGCGCAGAAGUUCUAAUUGAGCGUCUAAGUUGAUAGUAUAGUAAUAUUUAUAAACAAUUGUGCAGCAGAAGUCAAUUGAAUUGAGUGUCGCGGUUAGUUGUGUAGCGUAAACGCUGAUAAGAAAAAUAUUUCUAACGCAUUUGAAAUUGUUUUGGUAUUUUUUCACGAGAGCGCUUCAUUUCGUAUCACAAACAACGCGAAAGCAAUUUAAUAAAACAAAUAAAGUGUUAAAGUUUGCGUGAAUUUUUAAAAAGAAAUUAACGCAAAGCUUGGAUUAAUAAUAAAUAUAUUUUUGGAAAAUAAUCAAAGCACUUAUUUAAGACAGAAAAUGGUUCCAAUAGUUAAGAAAGUAAGCAGUUACUACAACUCCUAUGCGUUGGCCGUACUCACAAUUGGCUAUGUACUCGGCGAAUUGGGUCAUUAUCUCAUCGGUGUUACUUCCAAACAGACCGCCAUUGAAUUGGAUUAUGGCGAUAAGGCUUGUCAGCAGAAUAAUACCAUGUUCACACGUCACGAUCUACCACAGCAAUGUGCGGCAGUCAUGGAAGAAGAAAGUUGUGUUGCUUUAUCACUGAAUGACACCGCAUACUGCGAAUGGAACUACAAUGGUUUGGGUAUUGAUUAUCAAAUACUUGCUGGUCCCACCUUCAUAUUGGUCUUUACAAUUGCUGGUGUCUUUAUGGGUUUCGCCGCAGAUAAAUACAAUCGUGUCAAAAUGUUGACAGUUUGUACUUUAAUCUUUGCGGUCGCUAUAAUAUUGCAAGGCACUGUGAGUGCCUACUGGCAGCUGUUGCUGUUGCGUAUGGUCAUGGCAUUAGGUGAAUCGGGCUGCAAUCCGUUAGCCACCGGCAUCAUGUCCGAUAUUUUCCCCGAAAAUAAGCGCGCACUUGUUAUGGCCAUUUUCAACUGGGGCAUCUAUGGUGGUUAUGGUAUUGCUUUCCCUGUGGGCCGUUAUAUUACCAAAUCGAAUUUCUUCAAUCUCGGCUGGCGUAUGUGUUACCUGGGUACUGGCGUGUUGGCCGUAUUGGUAGCCGCGAUCACCGGCACCACCCUUAAGGAACCGGAGCGAAAAGCUAUUGGCGAAGCCGAUCGCACUAGUGAUGGCAAAAAGAUUGGUUUGUGGAAAGUGAUCAUCAAUCCUGCUAUGAUUAUGUUGAUGAUUGCCGCUUCCAUUCGUCACUCUGGUGGCAUGACCUUUGCCUAUAAUGCUGAUCUCUACUACAAUGCUUACUUCCCUGAUGUGGAUCUUGGCUGGUGGUUGUUCGCCGUUACCAUUGGUAUUGGUAGUGUCGGUGUGGUUGUUGGUGGCGUUGUCUCCGAUAAAAUUGUCGCUAAAAUGGGUAUACGUUCACGUGCUUUAGUAUUGGCUGUUAGUCAGCUGAUCGCUACAUUACCCGCAUUCGGCUCGGUGUACUAUGAUCCGCUAUGGGCUAUGAUUACUUUGGGUUGCAGUUACUUCUUCGCUGAAAUGUGGUUCGGUAUCGUGUUUGCGAUUGUUGUGGAAAUUGUGCCAUUGCAAGUGCGUUCCUCAACCAUUGGCGUGUUCUUAUUCGUAAUGAAUAAUGUUGGUGGUAAUUUGCCCAUCCUGUUGGACCCAGUUGCUAAGAUGAUCGGUUUCCGUGAGGCGUUCAUGAUCUUUUAUGCAGGCUUCUAUGGCAUAAGUUCAGUGCUUUUCUUCAUCACCUGUUUCUUAUUGGAAGGCAAACCAAAGGACGUAGAUUCUACCACAACAGCUACCGAACAAAAAAUCGAUGGUCUGGAGGCACACACACGUCAAAUGCGCGGUCAUGACAAUUCUGUGUUCUCAGUGGACGAAGUGCUGCCGCAUAAUGGACGUCCCGCGGUGAUUCCACAGCAUCUGCAGUUGUCGAACAAUGGUCAUGACAAAUAUACGCCCGCCACACGCGAGAGCAGCAGACUGUAAUGUACUUUUUGAACCCAAUGACUUAGGAACAAUGUGUUUGAGUUUUAUUUAUCUUAAGUACAGCAAGUGAGUAAAGUACGUUUUGUUAGACUUGCAGAAUAUGACACUUUACGAAUUCUCCAUAAUCUAAAUGUACCUCAUUCGUAGUGUGUAUUUUACUGUAUUAAGUUUACAAUGAUUGGUUUUUGAGUAUUUUUAUAAUGUUGAAAAA